AGAAGUUGCCGUCGUCGGCAGUUGGAAAGCAGACUUUUCAUCGUCAGGACGCCUUCGCGGCGCGUUGAUCUCUCGCGGUAGUGCCAACUUCGAACAGUUGAAAAAAUAUAUUUUAAACUGAUUUUGCUUUAUCAAAAAGUGGCCAGUGUUAUAACAUUUGAGUGCUUCGUUGGAUUGGAUACCAAUUCGGACACCGGGAUUGUUGAUUAAAUAAUAGUUCAAAUAAUGCACUCGCUAUAAGACAAUGGAUCCUCUCACGUGGUUGUCGCUGGGGCUGCAGUUAGCGGCUCUGUGCUCCAUCGUCGGCGCACUGUUGUUGUAUCUCCUGAGGAAGGUACGCGUGGCUGAAGUGCUGCCCGUUGAAAGCGCGAAGACUGUGCUCGUCACUUCUGUUGACUCCGCACUCGGAUUGCAGAUUGCAACCUACCUAAGCGGUAAAGGAUGGCGUGUAAUAGCCGGCUGUCGUCCCGGAGGCUUGGGGGCACGCUUGGCAGAGUCCUGGCUGCAAGCUCACGUGGCGGCCACGCCUGAGGACCAGCCGCCGCCGAGGCUGGCGACUUUAGAACUGGAUGUGGCAAGGGAAGACUUGUUGGAGGAAGCGGCGCGGGCGACGGCACAGCAUUUACCGGCUGGCGAACAUGGUGUAUGGGCAGUCAUCAACACUGCGGGGAGCAGCGGUCGCGGCGGCGCAACUUGUUGGGAGAGCGCGCUGAAGAGCAACGUGCUCGGAGCGCUGCGGGUCGCCCGAUCCUUCUCGCCGAUGCUGGCCGCGGCUGCCUCCGACCAUCCCUAUGCUGGACGACUAUUUUACAUUGGACUCACAUCAGAUACCGCAUGCGAUAGCCUUAGCCGGCCAGACGCGGAAAGCGAAGGCAGUGCAGGCGCGGCCGCGGUUCGGUGGGGGACGUGGGGAGCGGCGCGAGCGUUGCGCGCCUCGCUGCGAGCGCGAAGACUUCAUGUAGUAUUGCUGCAUGCGCCGGACCUGUCUGCUGCAGAGAUAUACGCUCCGCCCGUGCAACUCACACCGCCUAGCCAGCCGUCCAGUCGACCAGAAACCCCAAGUUCAGAAGUGAGCUCAUCAUCCACCGCCACAUGCGCAGUGACCAUGCCCGGAGAAGCAGCUGAAUACAGUGCAAAGGUGUUGCCCACAAGCGCUUUAAAGGUCUUAGAGGAAGCUCUGACGUCACCCUCGCCGAGAGACUCCUACUAUUUGAAGAUUAAGCAAGAUUCUUGGUUUACGCGAAUGCCCUCUUUGAGAGCUCAUUAAUUUUCGAUUACACUUUUUUAUUGCUAUUGCUAAAGUUGGAAGUUUUUCUGAAUCACAGUUUAGGUAAAACCAUUUUCAACGUGUUCAAGACAAGUCAAAUUAUUAUUGGGUAUUUAAAAGUAUCUCCUGUAAAUAAUGUAAUAUUAAUGUUAAGUCAAUAUUGAUUUGUUUAUCCGUGUACGUAAUCGAAACUUAAUGAUAUUAAAUAGUAAUCUCUAUUUUUUAACUGUUGAAAGAAAAGAAAGUUAUCAUAUAGUGGACAAAAUGCUUUAAUUCUAAAUGCCACACUGAUGAUAAGAAUUGUAAUUUUUCCAUACUCCAUACCUACUUAUAUCUAUUUAUAAAUGCGAAAGUGUCUGUCUGCUAGCUUUUCACGGCCCAACAGUUUAACCGAUUUUGAUGAAAGGUACAGAGUUAGCUUAUAUCCCGGGGAAGGACAUAAGCUAGGUACUUUUUAUCCCAGAAAAUCAAAAGUUCCCACAGGAUUUUUAAAAACCUAAAUCCAGGCGGACGAAGUCGCGGCCAUCAUCUACCAAAAUACAUUUAUCCAAAGAGACACAUACACACUUAACAGGAAUAACUAAGUUAUGCACAUUUUCAUUUGAAUUUUUUAUUGCUAUAUUAUAAAUGUUUAUGUAUUUUGAAGUAUAUUCUAUUAUUUAAGGUAAGUAUCUCGACCUACUGAUCCCUUAUCGAAGGCACGGGAUAGUAGACGUGUCAAAUUCUGUGUACUGAUUUGUUUAGAUCAAAUCAAGUCUUUGUAAAGUCAGUACUGUUCGACUUGACGAUUGUGAUGGAAUGAUCACAUCACGAUUUCAUAUCAACUUUUGCUUUAAGCUAUCGAUUGUUUUCGAAUCACAUAUAGUGCCAAUUAUCUACAUUGGUUUAUUAGAAAGUUACUGAAGGAUAUAAGGCGAAGCGAUAAGGCGAAGAGAUGAGACACAGUCAUUGAUAGAUGAAGAUAACGAUGGACUGAAAGAUUAUUAUUAUCUAAUGCUGAAAGCAUUUGGCACGACUAGUAGUUUUUUUAAAUACUAGCUCUGCCUAUAGAUACUUGGUAGCUUUUCCUAAUAAUCUAAGAAGAUAUUGUACCUAACCGAGCUCAAUUAAAAAUAUAUUGUAAAUGACUACUUAAAAAAUAUUAUAACAGUCUCAUUUCUUCGUUGAAUCUUGAGUGCCUUCACCAGUGACAUAAUAUUUUAUAUCAGUUAUGUUUAUAGGUUUCAUUAACUUGUGUGCGUUUGUAACGGUUGGUGGCAUUAAUAUUAACAGUUAAUGAUCAACUUAAUAAACACUCGUGUAAAUAAUGUUUGUGUUAAUAAAACAUUUCUCGUAUUA